AGUUUGCAGAUUUCUUUUACUCACCAUUCACUUCAAUGCGGGAAGACGUAGAGUAUCCCCCAAAUUGCAUGCCAAUCCCAAGUUCGAGCGGGAACAGUGAUCUCGUCAAAAGGCUGAAGACCUUAUCUGAGGCGCUACAGCUUUCCGAUACAAAUGACGAAUGUGGUAAUCCAAACAGAUACCGGACGCUUCUAUGUCAUUUGGCUAAAAGCUCUUUCCUGGAGAAUAGCAGCAAAGAUGUACAGAUUUGGCUAGCAUGCUGUCUUGCAGAUAUCUUACGGGUUUUUGCACCGAAUACACCGGUCAUGGACAGCUCUCAAUUGAGGGAUGUCCUCAUUUUUCUGGCACGUGCAUUGAAAGGUCUUGAAUCACCAUCGAAUCCUUUGUUUCGGCGGUAUUUUUACUUACUUGAGAAUCUCCAUGUGGUGAGCACUUUGACACUGACGCAGGACUUACCACCAGAAGACGCAAGCCAAGUCAUUCGUACUCUCUUGAAAACUUCUAUGGAAAUUGCAAAUGGAAAGGAGUGGAAAAGCGAAUUACGAGACACAUCUGAAGACGGAAGUGCCACAGAGGAUGACGAUAGGAGCGACAACAGGGACAAGGUCAUUGGUCUUUUGAUUGGAGUGAUCUCCAAAAUACUACGAGUUGUUGAUCAAGUCUCCCCCGAAGUUCUUGAUGUUUUAUUUUUCUACCUAAUUAAUCCACAGAAGCUGAACAACCGCGAAUCUUACAACAUGUCUCGACAAAUAAUCCAGGUGUCACAAACAUCUCUAGAAGCUACAAUACAGUCGUUACUAGCACAAUCAUUGUUGACUGGAAGUCUCCCUGAAGAGUGCGAAAUGGUCGGAAGUGGUCGUAAGAAGCUUCAUGAUGUGAUUUUGGAGCUAAAUGAAGUUGCUCCGGAAUUGGUUGCUCCUGUUUUGCCGCAACUUACUUGUUCCUUGCAGGCAGAAGAUGAUAAUCAACGCUUACUUGCUACUAGACUUGUUGGAAGAUUAGCGGCCAGUGGCAAGUCGCGGUUUUUUGACGAUAAUCCUAAGUUGUGGAAGAAGUACUUGGAGAGAUUCAAGGACACUUCAGCUAGCAUAAGAGAGGUCUGUGCGCGGGACUCUCACGAUAUUCUCUUGCUCCAUAGUCAACUCAGAGGGCAAAUUUCAUCGGCGCUGGGAAGCCUUACACGUGAUCUUGAUGAUACUGUGCGUCUUACUGCUGUAUUGUGCAUAAUUGAAACGGCAAGGAAAAAACUUGAAGCCGUCAACGAAUCGCUCAUUAUGGCUUGCUGCGACAGAAUGAAAGACAAAAAGCCGAAAAUACGUCAGGAAGCAUUAACAAAGUUAUUGCACAUGUAUUUCAAAGUGAUUAUGGGUGAUGAAUAUACUGCUUCUGAGAUAGCAGCAGUUACGGUGAUCCCAAAGAAGGCUCUUGCGUUAUAUAUGCUUGCGAGUAUGACAGAAGAAAAAUUGAUGAUUGAACGGUAUUUUUCUAUCUAUAUCAUUCCGUACCAAAUGGAAAUGAAGAAACGAAUCAGAUCCAUGGUUGAUCUCUUCUGUAAGCUAGACAAUUUCGAAGCACAGGUCUUCGCUGAAAUUGUUGCUCGAUCAUCUAGCCAUCGACGAAUCUUGCGCGAAAUGCUACAGAUUAUAUCCAGACAAGCAGCUGCUGAACUGCAGGCAAAAAUCCAGCGGAUCUGUAGCACGCAUCAUGAUCCUACAGGAUUCUCGAUUGCACUAAAACACUUUGCAAACCUGCUGUCGACUGACCAGAGAUGUUUUGAAUGCGCUGAAUAUCUUGUAUCUAACGAAUACACAACUUCAAAAAUUGAAGAGACAUGCAAAGAACUAGUGCAACGAGCAAUGGAGACAACCUCGAUACCAAAAGACUGCCAGACAAAUAUUCGUCGGUAUUGUGAAAGAGUUUCACCUAUCAUAUUGGAUUUGGAUGGGGCAGUUGAGUUGCUAAACGUGGUGAUACGUAUCAGAAACGACGCUGAUUGUGGUAAUAUUGAAGCCAAUUCGAGAUCACCACAUGUUCUGCGCUUACUCAAGAUCUGGAGCGAGGCUUUUCCCCAUCUAUUCUCUAGAGAUGACUCCAUUGAUAAUAUAUUGAAACUUGUUGUUUCCGAUGAUCCAAAAACAGCGGAAACAGGUCUGCAAGUGCUCCUUCACGUGGUUCUUCAAUCUAGUUUGAAGGCGAAGGAACAAGGCUGGUGUGAAAAGGCUGUUUCGGUUGUUUGGAACGUCAUUUCCAGUGAAAACGAGGGAUUUGGGCGUUGCUGCAAACUGGCAGCGCGUGUGAUCUGUCGCUUGCUUGGUAAAGAAGAAUCUACAAGACGAUUUGAUGAGCUAUAUCCUGAAAUAGAGGAGCACGUUUCGAAUGUGAAUCCUACAGCCUGUGUGAACGCACUACAAGUUAUUUCUGAACUCCAUCGUGAUUUACCACAAGUAUUUGGUUUGCGAGUCAAAAGUCUAAUCACAGAAGUUGUUGUGCCUGGACUUAUUCUCAGCUUUGAGACAGACCCCGGAGAUGUGGAUUUAUUUGAUCCUCUUUUACCUUUGGAAGAGCAAACCAUGCCAAGAUUUUGUCUAUCGAAGGUUUACGGGAUGAAGCUGCUCGCUCGUUAUCUGUUCACCUGUGGUGGUGAUGCAGACGAUGACGCACUAGCAAUGAAAACAUUGAAGAUGUUCGUUGCUUUUAUUCAAGCAGCAGGGGAACUGCAUGAUCCUGAUAAGAAAAUAAGUUCUAUCGAAAAAGCAUGGCUGCGGGCAGUCGCUGGUACUUGCCUUCUAAAGCUAUGUUACAUACAAAAAUAUUCCCACAUGCUGAGCGCUGAUAUGUUUGUGACACUUUCAAAUUUGAUGAAGGAUGAAACGGACUGUGUCCGUGGUUACUUUGUUAGACGACUCAACAAAGGUAUUUCUAGAAAUAGGCUUACAAUAGAAUACCUCUCAUUCUUCUCUAUUGCGGCGCUGCUAGAGCCCACAAGCACAGAAGAGGAGAAUGCCAUAAAACUGUACCGUGAGCAUUGUCGCAAUUCUCUUCUUGCUGCUAUAUCUAGGCGGCGAAACUUGAUACAGUCACCGUCAUUCGUUGCAGCAUAUCUGCCCUAUCACCAGCCAGAAUACGCUAUCGCUUAUGCGGUUUGGCUUCUUUCACAUCAAGAGACCUUAUCCAGUCAUUCCGACAUCGCUAAUAUGGCUGUACUUCAAGAAUGUUUAUGGUACAUCAUGGAGCCAUUCACGGUCAGAAAAGAAAACACGGACUUUGAGUUUAUCUAUUCUCUACUGCAAGACAUAAAGGAAUCUAAUGACGCUCUAUUUGAUAAGAGGCUAAAGAAUAAUGAGAUCGGUGAAGCAGAGUUGAUUGGACAAAGCAAGAAAAUGUGGGUGUUAGCCGACUUGGGAAUAUUGAUGUUGGUCUAUCGAGCGAAAGUUACUACUCGCAAUGAGCCAAGGAAAACGCUGCUUUCGACUCGGUUCUUCAUCAAAGAAAAGAAAUCGAAACAUGCCGCAAUUGUCUAUACUCCUCAAGAACUGAUUGAUGACGAAAAGGAGCGCAAUGGGAAAAUACCUACACGCGAUCGAAAGCGCCUGAAUAGUACAUCCAAGUUCACAACAAAGAGGUCCACCCGCGAGGCCAAAAACACAACGAAAACGCGAAGGGGUCGUGUCCCAUCGGUGAAACUGAGUAAGGUGGAUGAGUCACCGCAAUCUCCUGAAGACAUGAGUCCUGUACGUAAGAAAAUUGAUCGAAAGCCUUUGAAGGUGGAGCAGGAGAAUAUUCCAGUAGGAAAUAGAAAAGAGUCGCAAUCACCGAAGUUAGAAGAGCAAAAGCAAAGCCGAACGUCACAUCGAAUAUCCACAAGAAAUCGCGCCGCAAAAGAAAAAAACAAGCUGAUUGAAGGGAACGAAAGUCUGACAAGUGAUGAUGAUGACGCAUCUCCUUCGACGUCGGGGGAACAAAUACAGACACGAAGCUCUGACAUACGAAAAGGAAGCGAACAGUCUAAUGCCACAACUUCCACUCCGUCAAAGAGGAAGGUAGCAUCACCUCUGAAGCGAUUUAGCGCCGGCAAUGACGUUGCAAUUUCACAAAAUGGUGAAAGCAAGGUUUCACCGUGGCCUAGAAAACGGCAAAGAUCGAGCUUGAACAACGUUGACGAUACCAUUGACUUUUCUCCUAUAGUAGCAAGUGGAAGAAAGGUCACUAGAAGUAGACUAAUACAAUCGGGACCGCUCUCUACUUCCACUCCGAUGCCAAAACCUAUACCAAAAUCGCCAAAACGAGGCAGAAUAGCGGAGGAAAGCAAUGCGUUCACAAAAGCGGAGAAAGGAAAGAAGGACGCCAAGAGAGGAUCUCCAAAAGAACGCAGCACACAGAACCAGCCUGUCGAAAAACACUCGCCCAAGAAAGCAGCCGAAAAGCAGUCACCCAAGAAAGAAGCCGAAAAACAGUCACCCAAGAAAGAAGCCGAAAAGCAGUCACCAAAGAAGGAAGUCGUAAAAAAGAAGGAUAUUUUAAAAACGAGAGUCCAGUCACAACGAUCGAACAUAUCUAAUGGAUCUGCCUCAUAUAAAUCGACGAAAUCACAACGCUCUAUGAGAACUAAAAAUUCUUCCACUCCUCCCCAACCAGCGCCAGCUCGACCCAAGCGAAAUCAGAGGACUCGGGGAAAGGCUGACUGAGUUUUUUUUCUUGUUUCAUUUGUUACUAGAGAAUAGUCGCGCCAUGCGAGAGACUCUCCAUUUCGCUAAGUUCGCUACUUAUGAAUCUCACAGCUACUUGUUAACAUCUGAUGUUUACAUAUGUAUUAUAAAAUGAAUAUUGCCAUCUUUACUUAUUGAAAUUGUGAUUGGUUCUCCAACUAAUACCUCACUUUGAAUUUUAGAUUUAUUAAUAACCACCC